AUGACCUCGCCGCACGUACUCUACUAUUGCUCCUGCAACCAGUACCACACCAACGCUGCGCUUCGCCCCGGUUCGUCGCUUGCAUCACCUCCGCCAGGGUUACCAGCCUAUUCCCCCGCCUCAAGAUACGCCUUUCAUCCACUCGAAUCGCUCUACUUCUGCGACGAAUGCGACCAGAUCAGAUGCAACCGAUGCGUCACCGUAGAUAUCUCGAGCUACUACUGCCCCAAUUGCCUCUUUGAGGUGCCUGGUGCUAGCGUCAAGGCCGAAAAGAACCGUUGCGCCAGGAACUGUUUUGAAUGUCCUUGUUGCCAACAUACACUAUCAGUUGUGGCCAGCGAUCCCGACUCUAAGUCCGUGCGUGGUCUCGACCCCACUGACCCAGCUGCUAGCCAGGGUGAGCCGCCCUACUUUCUUGCAUGCUCAGUCUGUCGCUGGGACUCCAAGUCGGUCGGGCUCGUCUUUGAAAAGCCAACCGGACUCAGUUUGCAGCUUCAGCGCUCCGAAGAGAAUGCUGCAGAUGUUCUCGAAUUCGACCGGCUCAAAGAUCAUUUUGACCCUUACCUUAAGGCGCAGACGCAAGCAGCCAUCACAUCAGCUGCCGUCGGAUCGGGCAGCUCCUCUCGUGCUCGUUCGCUACCAGCUUCAACUGUCUCUGCAGCCCAAGCAUCGUCUUCAUCCAGCGCUGAAGCUUCUACCCGAAGCGCAAGAGCAACUGCUGCACGCAACGCGGCUGCUGCCGCCCUGCAGUCGUCCAAGCUUGUCCAAGAUCUACCUCAUCUAGCACACUCGAAACAUGCCGCAAAUUCUGCUCGCUCCGCACCCAUCGAACCUGACGAGCUCAAAACGUAUCGCGCUCUGAAUCCAUGGCAGCCUGUCGACGAUGGUCGAAGCCGAUCAAGCGGACAUGCAGCAGCAUCUAUGGGCGUGGUGGCCAAGCGUGAAAAGCAUCGAAGAGACUACGUUGCGCGCGUCCAAUUAGGUGUAAAUCAGCCCUUCGCGUCGCUAGAUGCCAAGAUCUCAUCCCUCGAGCAACGAUGGUCCUCGGUCUCAAUAGCAGACCAGCCGGUCCGUGCCGCAGAGUUACGUCCUAACAGAGUAUCUCUCAAAUCCAAGCUUUCCAAAAGGUGCCCGGCGUGUCGGCACAUUGUCAUCAAGCCGGACAUCAAGGCGGCAUCGAACCGCUUCAAGAUCAAACUCGUAGCACUCAACUUUUUGCCCGAGAUUCAGAUCGCUCUGGCUGACCAACAACCGUAUCUUGACGCCCUUCGCUUCCGCUCGACCGGGGUCACGGGCUCAAACCUGAUGGGAGCGGCGUCGACAUCCAGUUCUCUCCGACGAAGGCCUCAAUCAGUGCUCGUAUCUGGAGCGGAUUCGCUCGGCCCGGCCUCGUCCCUAUUUAACGCGUCGCAAGACGUUGACGUUAAUCGACUGAUUGCAGGACAAACGUACAGCUACCAGAUUGCUGUCACAAAUCCGCUGGAUGAUCCAGUCGAGCUCGACAUGAGCUUUGUCCGCUUCGCCAAUGCGUCGUUGAGCAGAGGUGCUGCAGCGGUCCAACCUUUACCAGAACCGAAGUACAUCUUUUCUUGGAACUACAGCAACAAUACUUCUUCAGCACCCUCGCACGUCAAGCCGAGUGAAGGGCCAUCUCGUCCGACCAGACGCGCUCGGCUUGGCUGGCAGGUAUACCCAUCUACUACUAGCAUUUCAUUGAAUGCUUUCAACGAAGUCUGGGAGCUCGAGGAUGCCGAAGAACUGUACCACUCCAAAACUGAGCUCGAGACGCAUCCGGAAUCCCUCGAUGGCUCCUCGCCGCGUCGGAGCGCUGUAAAGACUGCAUAUGUCGACGGCGCCGGACGCUUGGGCUGCACAAACGAGCCGGCUUGGGUGAUUCAAGAACACGAGGACGAUGAGGACGACACCAAAUCGAACCGCACUGUGCAACGCAAACCGUUCCUUCAGAAGGGACACACAACUAUCUUCUAUCUCGACCUGGUCGUUUCAGCCACUGAGUUGCCAAAGCCGGGCCCAAUCGAAAUUGGUAUGCACGUCACUUAUCGCUACACUGGUGGCGCGAACCAACCAAGUAGCCAAGGUUUGGCCACAGCUGGUAAAGAUUUUUCUUUCUGGACCUCGAUCCGACUCGGAUCUGUUGUAGGACGCGACGAGCGUGACGAGCGAGAAUGA